CCCUCCCUCCUUCCCUCCCGCCCGCUCGGCCGCCAUGUCGGAGCCGGAGGCCGCGGGGAGCGAGGCGACCCCGCCGCCCCCGUCCCUCAGCGACGUGCAGGACCUGGUGCGCAGGAAGGAUGAGAUCGAGGCGCAGAUCAAGGCCUACUAUGAAGUCCUGGAGGAUCAAAAAGGAGUUGGGAUGCAUGAACCUCUGGUGGACACUGAGGGAUAUCCCCGGGCAGAUGUGGACAUAUAUCAAGUCCGAACUGCAAGGCACAACAUUAUUUGUUUGCAGAAUGACCACAAGGCAAUUAUGAAGCAGGUGGAAGAAGCCCUGCACCAGCUGCACGCCCGCGAGAAGGAGAAGCAAGCCAAGGAUGCCGCCGAAGCCCAAGAUGAGGCCAGAAGCCAGAGCCAGAACCUCCCGCGGGCAUUCGCCAAAGUGACCGGUGUUACGGCCGGCUCUCCCGCAAGCAAUUCUGGCCUGCAAGUGGAUGAUGAGAUCGUUGAGUUUGGCUCUGUUAACGCCGACAACUUCCAGACGUUGCACAACAUCAGCACUGUGGUGCAGCACAGUGAAGGGAGCCCAUUGAGUGUAACGGUCAUCCGAAGUGGUGAGAGACGCCGGCUUCGACUCACCCCUAUGCGUUGGGCUGGAAAAGGACUCCUGGGCUGCAAUAUUGUUCCUUUGCAAAGAUGAUUGCUUCUUGGAGAACAGUAAAAUACAAGAAGUCACCUCCUGUAGCACCUUGGAUUCUGUUUUGGAUUGAAAUGUCCCAUCUGCAGGGGCUGAUGAGGCUUAGGGGUUUGAAACAAGUGUGAUAUCUUGAAUUCUGAAUGUUAGAGAUGCUGCACUUAAAAGGGUUUUGACCAGCAUAGUCUGACUUCAUUGUGGUUACUUUCAUCUUUAUGCUUUUUGGAGGCUCGUGCUGCCCCUGCCUCAGCUUGCAAUGGAAAUUAAUGUUUUUUUCGGGGAGAAGAGGAAACUGGAGAAAAGUUUGCCAAAUAUUUAAGCUACUUAGUGUUCUUGGACUGCUUUUUUUUCUCCGCAAACAGAUCUAAUUUGCAGAGUGCCGAUUGGCCGCACGUAACAAUUAAAAAAGGCCAUUUGGUCCUGUUGGAAGCUAAGCUCCAGCUGUCAGUCAGUAGGGCUUAGCUACCCGUAGCUGUGAGGUCAGAAUAUGGCCAAAAGUGUCUGUCUGUAGAGUGUCACCCUUCAUUAGGGGAGCUGUCAAAGCGAGGACAAUUCUGAUGAGGUUGAAUUUCAGAAUCCAAGUUUUCUGUGAGGAGUGGUUUAAAGGAGCUGUAUAAAGGACAUCUGUAGCAGCACUGAGUAUGCUCAGAACACUUUUGUACACAGACCAAACCCUCUCUCAUAAAGAUGGGACUCACUUUGGUCCCUGUGGCACAGACGAGGCCUGAACUCUACAGAGACAGUUGUUAAGGCCCGACUCAGUAUUUGUCUGUGUCUCCGCUCUGUUUUUGUUCACCAGACUUGGGGAUUAAAAGUAUGCAAGUGGAUUCAUAACAUAGUUUGGUCAAAGGUGCCCAUCUUAAUGCACUCCUCCUGUGCCUCCCAUGCUUUCUCGACCCGGCACAAUAUUCAUAUUGCUAAAGUGACAAUCCGAGCACGGGGGACAGAAUUGACACUAUUGAUGGGGACUUCAGAGUUAACAGAUCUAGACAUUUUAGGUUUGGUUUUCUGAGAACUCUUAUGAUACAUUCCAGUGAUUUCAAGUUUCUAUUCAUUAGCAGUCUUUCCAGCUCUGGCCCAGAGCCUGCAUUUGCAGGGUCCAUGGUGUACUUUUGCCAUUGUUGAUGGCUUGGAUCAAAUGUCAGAGAACAUAAUAGUGAGAUCCUUCUGUGUGUUGUCACGUUUUUCUUGAGUUCACUUGCCCACCUUGGGGUUUGUGCUGUUUAAUUCUCUUUCCCUCUUGGCAGAAAAAUCAAGCUGCCAAACUGGGUGCAAUUCAUUCAUCAUCAGCCUUCUAUUGUUACUGCAGAAAUGUUGCAUUUACUAAUGUGUGCUUUUUGAAUUAGAAGAGUUCUGACUAAUAAGUAUUUUUCAGGCUCUUUCCAAUAGGUCUCUGACAGUUUAAUAAACACAAAACUGCAUCAUCCAA